AAACAUUUAUUGUAUCCAGUAGACUGUUUAUCCUUCUAUCUUUAAAGUCUUUGAAUCCAGUUGCAGGGAGCUGUGUGACUACCACUACAAGCUGGGCUGGUUUUGUGAAAUCAACAUAGAGUGACCAGGAUGAGGGGUGACACAGAAACAUGGUGCUGGUGGCUAGGAGUCUGAUUUGAUUCUACAUCAAACAGCACUCCUAGGAAGUUCAGAUAUUUAAAUUCUGAAUACUGUAAAAGCCAGUUUCUUACAAGGCAGGCUGUUCCUUCUGCCAUUUUUCUACACCAGAAACCAUAAUAUUUUUUCUUAUGUAAAACUGCUCUGAGUCUUUCUGUUUUCUGUGCAGCUUUGAAUUUUCUGUGUAACCCCAUGGACUUGCAGGAGAGUUGGAAGUACAGAAAACAUAAAAGUUCAGUUCCUUUUAGCCUCCUUGUGUUUCUGAGGUACCAGAUCUAUUAUGGUUACCCCCUGGAGACAUACCUGGAGUUUCCUGUCGUCAUUGCACAAGACGCCAUUCUCCUGGGCUGUAUUAUGCAUUUCAGUGGAAAAGUGAGACGAGCUUUUUUCUAUGCAGUCAUAUUUUGGGUGGGCUGGUACAUGCUAACACUGCAGAAGCGUAUAAUAGACCUGGCCAUGAAUCUCUGCACGCUCAUCAGUGCAGCCAGUAAGCUGGUUCAGCUGCAGCAUCUCUGGGAGACAAAAGAUUCCGGACAAGCGAGCGCCCUGACCUGGGGCAUGUCUGUGUACGCCUCUGCAGCAAGAAUCAUUACAACUUUAAUGACUACAAAUGAUCGCGCAGUUCUCACCCGUUUCAUAGUCAUGCUCAUUCUCAAUAUUUGGGUCACAGCCACAAUCCUGCACUACAGGAAGACUAAAAAGACUGAUUAGACAACACUCAUCAGCACACAUAUCAUUACCAUAAAAAUAUCAUUAAGCUUAAAGAAUUUAAGAAUUCUUCAAAGAUGGAGGAAGCUCUCUUUCUCUAAUAUUUACCUUUAGCAUACUUAUAGUAUUUACAGUACUUACAGACUUACAGUAUAGUACAUUCAUGCUUACUUUCUCUUAGAAAUAAUUCUGAUAAGAUACUUAAUUUAAGCAGCAUAUUUUUAUUGGUCAUUUCAGACAAGUUUCACUGAUAUCACAUUUUCUCUGGAUUUUUUUACUACAAGGUAUUUCAUAGUUAGAUGUAUAUAUAUUCUGGUAUCACUUCAGUACUUUCUGGUUACAUAUAAGCAAUUUUCUUCAAUUAUACAUGAUCAAUUUUGCACCAACAUACUGACUUGUCCUGUUGCAAGACUAAAAAAUCACAACAGAAGUUUGUCUUCUUGCAAGCAACUAAAUCAGUUCAACAUUAACUGUCUGUAUUUUAGGAUGAAGAAAAUCUCAGUCAAGGCCCAAUCCAGAAUAAGGUUCUAAUUACUAAGUCACAAAUCCAGUUGGGAUUGUAGCACUUACAUGCAACACUUAAAUAGUACAAUUUAUACAGCUGAUACAGGAUACCCAUAGUCACUUUCCUCAGUAUACCCAGUUUUUAUUGGAUAAGAGAGCAAAAAUUCCACUAUGAAUUAUUUUCCGUAACCUGAGCUCUCAUUCACUCAACAUACUAUUUUGUGAACAGCAGGGACUAGAAUGUAUGGGAAUUAAUGAAAUUGUGGCCAACAGUUAAAAAUGCUGUUCAGGCAGAAGUUCCUGGAAUGACACCCAGAAUUUCCAAACACCAUCCAUACUGACAGUGACGUGCAUCUUGAUGCAUCUCAGCAGACUGAUCUCCUGUGGUUGUCAGGUUGUGAUAGUGCUCUGUGGUUCAUGCAUUUUUGGCCUGUCAGUGCUAAGUGUGUUGAAGAACAUAGACUUCACUUAAACAUUUACUUCAGAAAUUCUAAUCAAUUUGUAGAACUUAAGAGUAAAAAGGGGGAAAGGAUAUUCUUGACAACUAUUAGCAGAGGAUUUUGGUUUUGGAAGUACUGCCUUCACAACCAAAAGUUACAUUAGUAAUCAUAUAGCUUGCCUUCAUUUAUCAUUACAUUCCCCAAAAUUAAAAGAUACAACAUUCCAAGAGUUCUUACAGUAUUCUGUGAUUGGCGUGUAAAAACCUAGGCACCCUUGAUCCCAACACCCUUGAAAACUAUGGGAAGACUGCACUGACUUCAUCUGAGGCAGGUUUUCUUUGCAACAUUCUAAAUUGUGUGACUGCUCUGGAGCAAAGGGAUCUGGAAAGCAGAUGUUUCUGCCAGUGAGCACGCAGCAAUUGGAACAUUCACCAUCAGAAAACAGCUGCUUCAUACUCUAAAUUUUAGGGGGAAGGGCUGGGAAAAGAUGUGUCUGUGGGAAUUGAUUUCAUGUAUCCCAUGUUAUCGAGAGCAAGUCAAAGAUGAGAUUUUUUUUACUGCUCCAAUAAAAAGUCUAAAUCUUUCUAUGCUGGUUGAAAGAUUAAUUGUAAACAUUCUGAUUUUAUUAAAGCUGUGUAAAGUAUCUGAAGUGGUCUAAAUAGUGGUAGGUGGCAUGUGAUACAUUUUCCAGGUGAUACGAAUAAAUGUUAUUCUUCAAGA